GUUCGAGAUAUUGAAAAUUUAUGACUAGAAAAGAAAAUCAUAACCCUUGUCUGAACUGGAUACAAAGUACGAAAAUGGGCUCGGUAACGUUAUCAAGAGUGCUUAGUUGAAGUGUCAGCAUCUUGAUUCUUCAAAAGGAAAGGGAACAUAACAACAACUAAAACAGGCUCGUGAAGGCGCAUCAGAAUUGCCAUUGAUCCAAAUUAUGGUUGAAUCCGAAAGUACAGAAAAGGGAAGGAACAUAGUUUGUUUCUUCUUUUUUGGCAUUUUGUCACUCGUCUAUGAUGAAAUUUGCCUCAUUGCCGCUGAGGACAUUCUUGCAGGAUCAACGGUGGCCACAACUACAGUCAUUUUAUCCAUUGCUAUUCCCGUGCUCUGUAUCAAGCUCGCAGCUCCCUGGUUUCUUCAGCGCAUUUCUUAUUGGAAGAAAAUCAUGUUCGUCGUCGUAUUUUUUCUCGGAGGAUUAACAACGCUUGUCAGCUCCCAGCGCAUCUUGGGAAGACUCGCAGGAGUGGGCGUUAUAGAGUCUGGCGUGGCUACAAGUGAAAUAACCUUUCUGUCUCUUACAGCGUUCUACGGGCACAUAACAGUAAGCUCCUUUGUGGCUGGUGUUGGGUUAUCAUCUUUCAUAGGACCCCUUUACUACACAAGUCUUACCACGUGGUCUUGUUUGCCACCCCGCAGCACCAUUAUGAUAACUAUCCCUUGGCCCUUUCUACUGAUACUUUUCUACGCCCUUCUGGAUAAGGAGCCUAUCCGUAAGAAACAGACCAUAGCGAGGAAUGAGGACCAUCCGUUUGUAGAAGACAAUACACAAGUUUUCACAUUUUUGGACAGAUUAACUGUAGCCAAGAAUAUUUUUCCAUAUAUAAUAUUCCUUUUUAUAACAUAUUUCUCAGAAUAUCUUUCGAAUCACGCUGUUAUAACCACUUUAGGGUUUCCAAAUGCGCCUUUCAAGCCGAGAGACCAUUAUCCUUAUUACAUACUUUCGUAUCAUGUUGGUAAGUUCAUGGGCCGGUCCCACUUGUUUUUAGUUUCCGCAAUCGAUCCUAAACUAGUUCAUUACAUCAGGGUCAGACGAACAUGGAUCUUAGCCUUGAUAGCGUUUCUGCACGGCUUGUUUUUCUUCCUAGCUUCGUGGUACAGAUUUGUCCCACGGGUAGAGAUUAUUAUUGCUUUGUGUUUUACAGAGGGAUUUACGGCAGGAUCCAUGUAUCUUAAUUCCGCUCACACUAUUUCUGAAUUGAUGGCAGAUCAGGAGAAAAAAGAGUUCGCGUUGAGUUUGCUUACGGUUGGUAACGCUUGCGGCAAACUGGCCGCCGGAUUGUGCGGCUUGUUUCAAGAACCUCUCCUAAAGAAACACUGUGUUGAAGAUCUCAAGCUGGGAGAAUAUUGUUUAACAAGACAUACGCGCAAAGCAGGCUGGAAUAAAAGCUUGAAUUGUUGAAUGUUCUAUUUGCCUUUUUGUGUCCGGCCAUGAAAUCGGCGA